CCGCCCUGCGGACCGGAAGGAAUUGCCGGCAUUUCCGGCGCCGGCGCUUCUGAGGUUUCCUCAGUGAUGUCGUGGUUACGAGCCGCUUCCUUGGUCCAGGGUCCUGGAGAGGAGAGGGACGUUUUUGACGAGGAAGCUGACGAGUCGGUCCUGGUGCAGCGGGAAUGGCGGAACCACAUGCAGAGACGAGUCAAAGAAGGCUAUAGAGAUGGAAUAGAAGCAGGCAAAACAGUUACUCUUCAACAAGGUUUCAAUCAAGGUUAUAAGGAAGGUGCAGAAGUCAUUAUGAACUAUGGACAACUCAGAGGAACACUGAGUGCUUUGCUCUCCUGGUGUCACCUUCAUGAUAAUAGUUCGGCUUUGAUCAGUAAAAUAAAUAAUCUUCUGGAUGCAGUUGGCCAGUGUGAAGAGUAUGUGCUCAGACAUCUGAAAUCAAUCACUCCACAGCCCCAUGUUGUAGAUUUAUUGGACUCCAUUCAGGAUAUGGACCUUUGUCAUAUAGCUCCAGCUGAGGAAAAGAUUGAUGAAGCUAAAGAUGAAAGAUUCUAUGAAAAUAAUGCUGAGUUUAACAAAAACUGUAGCAAGAAUCUUAGUGGGGUAGAUUGUUCAUCUUUAAAAUAUUGUAGAACACAGGAGCGUGCACAUUCCGAAAACCUAAGCCUCACUUGGAUUUUAGAACAGACAGCCAGUUUGGUAAAACAGCUGGGAGUAUCAGUAGACAUAUUACAGCACCUCAAACAACUAUAAAAAUUAUCUUCACUUUAAUAUUGAAAAUAAUAUUCAGAACAUUCUUAGAAUAUUUUGUUUCUGAACAAGCUAACCAAAAUUUGUACUGGUUUCUACAUUGAACACUUCACUUGUGUGAAGGAUAACCAUGAAGGUUAUCCUUCAUGGAAGUUUGAAAUGUCUUCAAAAUUAACACUAUUUAAUAUAAGCCUACUUUCUUUGUCACUGGUAAUUUUUAUGUGGUUUAAGAUAUGCUCGGAAAUUCUAGUUGUCAUCAUUUUCAAAUUUCUGAUCAAAAUCAAGCAUUUUUGAACUCAUUAUUAGCAGAAAUGAACAAGAAUCAGACUACAGUUAACCCUUGAACAACACAGGUGUUGGGGUACCCACCCACCAUGCAGUUAAAAAUCCACAUAUUACUUAUAGCUGGCCCUCCAUACCUGCAGUUGCGAGUCUCAGAUUCAACCAAUCUCAGGUCGUACGGUACUGUAGUAUUUACUACUGAAAAAAUAUCCAAGUAUAAGUGGACCCUAAGAGUUCAAACUCUUGCGGUUCAAGCAUCAAAUGUUAUUUUGUAAGGUCUUAGCCCUACCUUCUGCUCUUAUCACAUUGUCUUGUGAUUAGGACCUCACAUUGUAAUCGGACCAAAGUUACAAAAAAUUACCUAAUGGCUAAAGUUGUAAAUAGACACACAUAGAUAUAUAUAGAUAUGUAGACAUAUAUAUAUUGAAAUUAAGAGGCUAAUAAGUGUAAAGCUGAAAAAAAUGUUUAUACUGAUAGUUAAAACAAAAUACUAAAGUUUGUUUUAGUUUUUUUUUGAGGUAUAAUUGAUUUAUAAUGUUUCAGGUAUACAGCAAAGUGAUUCAGUUAUACAUUUUUUUCAGAUUUUUUUCCAUUAUAGGUUAUUACAAAAUAUUGAAUAUAGUUCCCUGUGCUAUAUAGUAGGUCCUUUUUGUUUAUUUUAUAUAUAGUAAUGUGUAUAUGUUAAUCCUAAACUUCUAAUUUAUCCCCACCUCCUUUCCCUUUUGGUAACUGUAAGUUUGUUUUCUAUGUCUAUUUCUGUUUUGUAAAUAAGUUCAUUUGUAUCAUUUUUUAGAUUCUACAUAGAAGUGAUAUCAUACCAUAUUUGUUAAAGUUUGUUUCAGUUUUGUGUUUAUUAAAAGUAAGGACACAGUUCCAUGAAAAAUACAGAAAAUACAUUUCAUGCUAAAGUACUUACUUAGCUUAUCCAAGUUUUGAGUUAGUAGUGUUACCUGACAGUGUACCAGAUUAUUCCUAAACUGCAGUUUUGCUUCAUAUUUAUUUAGGAAUAAAACAUUGAAGCCACUGACUUCUGUAUUAUCUUGUAGCAAUAUUCUUAGUCUAGCAUAGACAAAAUGAGAUUCAAACUUAUGCACCAGGACCUAAACAUAUAAAAUCAGGAAAGGAUUUUUUCAUCACUUUUUUGCCUGAAACACAAAUUUAUGUAACAUGCCUGACUUCAGAGGCACCCAAAUAAUUGCCUCUCAUUGAUAGCCAUAAUUUAUAUCUGCCAUCUACUGUAAAAGACUGAUACCCUGAGAAAAUCUUAUCUGAUAAAAGAGGUGUUUCAAGAGAUUAAGAAAAUGUACUGCUGUGAUCUUACAACCUCCACAGGGUUCACAGGACAUUAUGAAAUUGAAGCAACAAAUUUGAAAUUAAAAGACCAUAAACUAUGUCAGGAUUUACUAAAACAUGCUGAAGAUAUCAAGUGACAUUUGACAGAUGGUUUUUAAAAAAAGUGAUUGGGGCUUCCCUGGUGGCGCAGUGGUUGAGAGUCCACCUGCCGAUGCAGGGGACACGGGUUCGUGCCCCGGUCCAGGAAGAUCCCACAUGCCGCAGAGCAGCUGGGCCUGUGAGCCAUGGCCGCUGAGCCUGCGCAUCAGGAGCCUGUGCUCCGCAACAGGAGAGGCCACAGCGAUGAGAGGCCCGCGUACUGCAAAAACAAAAACAAACAAAAAAAAAGUGAUUGUAUCUCUCUAGAUGUAAACACUAUUUCAGAGAUUUACUGAUUUGUCUUGUUAUGUAGAUACUUUUUCCACAUUUAUGAAUGCAGCAAAAAUCUCAAAUCCACAUGGAAUAUUAUAAGCAGUCUCUGAAGUCUUCAUGUUGCUCUGCUGCAUAUUAGAUAUGAAAUAUACACAUCUUUAAUAAUACAUCUCAAGGAAGUCACCCUGAGUAAAAAUUUCAUGAGUGCAGCAAAUCUGGAGAUUUUAUCUGGGCUCACCCUGACAGAAUUUCCUGAAGAUAACACCCUUUGCCACCAUUGAAAAUAGAUUGUUUUUGUGUAGAUGUUCGUAGAAAAGGAACUCAAGAGAAUUAGCUGAGUUGAAUGAAGCUGUUGGGUUGAAAACAUCUCUUAAGCUUACAUUGCCUUUUAAAAAAACACAGAAGUUCCUGGACUGCAGAGGAAAAUUAAUGGAAUGCUCAUUAUACCUGUGUUUCAUGAACCUCUGUAUUAGAACCACAAGAGUGAAGGAAAGAAACCUUGCCUUGUGUCUUUUACCUUGCCUCGUGUGUUCUAGGCCUGCCAGUGUUGCCAUGAAAAGACCCUAGAUGAAGAUAAAUGUAAAGCAAGACUGCCCCGGAGCAGACACAGCAGAGUUUCAAGACCCAGGACCUAGACAUUAGGCUUAGAUGAUGUGGCUUCCUUAAAAACAGAAUUUUCACCUUGAGUAAGUUACUUCUAGAUACUGACAUAUGUGGGGUUUUUUUAUUUGUUGUUGUUUUUUAAGCCCACAAUACUAUGCUUUUCUGGCAUUUCAGUUGCUAGAGGUAUUGAGGCCACCAAAAUUUUUGUGAUAAACAAGCAGAAGUGGGCAGCUGAAUUCACCUACCUGCAUCCUUACCUCAUUUAUAUCCUUAGCACUGCUUAUUAACUGCUUUUGUGGUACACCAAAAUAAAAGCCUUGAACCAA